AUGUCAUUCAAGUCCUCUUUCCCCAUUGCUCUCCUUGCCAUGUUUGGCACGGGGUUUGCCCAAUCCGUGGAUGGGUCCAAGUAUAAUAACCCAACCGCCGGACCACCUGCUAGCUAUUUCGCGGCUGCCACGACAAUUCCUGUUGCCGCUUUGCAAACUGCAGCUGCAAAGGCUAGCACAGCUGCGCAGAGUGCAACUUAUCCCAUCAAUGGAGAUAGUGGAGCUAAGAAAGUCACUAUUCAUAGUGACUGGUCGAAUUUCAGCGAGGGUGCUGCAUUCGUCUGGGUGGCAGACAUGGAUGUUGACUGUGAUGGUAUCGACUAUAAGUGCAAGGGAAACCCAGAUGGACAGGCAGAAACCAACUUCGGUGCUCUUGCUGCCUAUGAAGUCCCAUUUAUUGUGAUUCCUGACAAAUUUGGAACUAAAUAUGCCAGCGUGCUCCCCGGAAACAAUAUCGGAGCGGUUAUUUGCAAUGGAAAGAUGUUCUAUGGUAUUUAUGGUGACACAGAUGGUGAUUCGCCCCAAGUCAUUGGAGAAGCAUCGUGGUUGAUGGCCCGUACUUGCUUCCCAAAUGACGAUCUUAAUGGAAAUGCCGGUCACGGCGCCGCAGAUGUGACCUACAUCCUCUUCACUGGCAAAGAUGCCGUGCUCCCCAGUAGCGCUCUCAACAAGAACUAUAUCACCAACUUUACCGCACUCCGGUCGAUGGGUGACAAGCUGAUGAGUUCUCUGGCGAAGAGCCUCAAUCUGAGUGGAGGAACUACUACCCCUCCCAGCGGAUCCUGCUCUUGGGCUGGACAUUGCGCCGGUAUGAAAUACCAUGCUCAACUUUUUUUUUUGUAUACUUACUCAUACUUAGGUGCUUCUUGCUCUGAUGAAAAUGACUGUUCCGAUGAUUUGGUUUGUACAAGUGGAAGAUGUUCUAGCCCUUAG